AUGUCCCGGGCUGGGGACCGAGGCAAAACCCUGGCGAGAUGGCUGGGCACUGGGCUUUUGGGUCUCUUCCUGCUCCCUAUGUCCCUGUCGCUGGAGGUGUCUGUGGGAAAGGCCACCACCAUCUAUGCUAUCAACGGCUCGGCGAUUCUGCUGCCCUGCACCUUCUCCAGCUGUUUUGGCUUCGAGAAUCUCUACUUCAGGUGGUCCUACAAUAACAGCGAUACAUACAAGAUUCUCAUCGAUGGCAUUGUGAAGAAUGAGAAGUCUGACCCCAAGGUGAGGGUGAAGGAUGACGACCGAAUCACCCUGGAGGGCUCCACCAAGGAGAAGAUGAAUAAUAUCUCCAUCCUGCUGAGUGACCUGGAGUUCAGUGACACAGGCAAAUAUACCUGCUUCGUGAGGAACCCCAAAGAGAAGGAUCUGAACAACUCAGCCACCAUCUUUCUCCAAGUGGUUGAUAAAUUGGAGGAAGUGGACAACACAGUGACACUCAUCAUCCUGGCUGUGGUGGGCGGGGUCAUUGGACUUCUGGUCAGCAUCCUGCUGUUGAAGAAGCUCAUCACCUUCAUCCUCAAGAAGACCCGAGAGAAGAAGAAGGAGUGUCUUGUGAGUUCCUCUGGAAAUGACAACACAGAGAAUGGGCUGCCUGGUUCCAAGGCAGAAGAGAAGCCACCCACAAAAGUGUGAGGCCCUGCUCGGGGCCGAGCAGUGGAAGGAGCCUCACUUUCAGAUGGUGACAUUGA